GGAGACGUAGUGUCGUCGGCCUCGUCGUAGCGGCGGCGGCGGCGGCAGCGCGUGGCUCCCCGGAUGGAGCUCUUCACUGCGGCGCCUUGGCGGCGCUCCGCUAUCUCAAAGCGGGGACGCGGGAUGAUGACGUUGGAGGCGCGCGCGGCGCGGCAACUGGGCAGAGCCGCCUUCGUUCGUUCCCUUUUGUCCAAGAUGGCAGCUGCCGCCGAAGGCGCCUCCUGAACCGCGGGCCCCGGAGCCAUGAAGCGGGGGAGCGAGCGGGAUUCUAGCCCGGCCGGGUCGGCGGGGACGCGGGGCGCUUCCUCCGCCAAGAGGCCCCGGGAACGGGAGCGCGAGAGCAGCAGCAGCAGCCGGCGGGGCCCGCACCGGAGCUCGGGCGCCUCCUCCUCCUCGUCUGUCUCCACCUCCGCCUCGUCGCGCAGCAGCCGGGACAAAUCCGCGCCGGGCGGCUCCAGCUCGCGCAGCCACCGCGGGGAGGAGCGGCCCGGAGGGGGAGGCGGCGGCGGCGGCGGCAGCGGAGACUCCAACCACCGCGCAGCCUCGUCCAGCGCCAGGAGCAGCAGCAGCAGCAGCCAGGCCGUCGUCCCUGCGCCGCCUCCGCCGGCGUCCUCCUCGUCGUCGUCUUCGUCCUCGCGGGCGUUGGGGGCCGCCAAGGCCAAAGUGCCGCCCGCAGCGGUGGUGGCGCCCUCCUUGCUAUUGGGGGCCCCUCCUGCAGUGGCUGCCCCGUCUCUGCUCCUGGCGCCAGGGCUUGGACUCUCGGCUGGGGUGGGCCUGGCGGGGGAACCCCCUGGCUCUAGCGAGUACAAGACCCUGCUGGUGAGCGGCCUGAGCCCUGCCCUGCCCGACCAGUUGCUGGAGGACGGGCUGUUUCGCCAGUUCCAGAGAUUUGCUAGUGGUGGUGCCAGUGACAUUAGCGUCAAACUCUCUCAUACUCCUGAUCUUGGCCGCGUCGCCUAUGUCAACUUCCGGCACCCCUCAGAUGCUCGAGAUGCUCGACGGCAUGCCAGAGCAAGACAGCUUCUCCUUUACGAUCGCCCUCUCAAGGUGGAGCCUGUCUACCUGCGAGCAGGAAGACGAAGUCGCACACCUCCACCCACUCCCUCCCCUGAACCACUGGCAUUUUUGACCCCCAUCCAUGGUGUUUAUCCAUAUAAACAGAGAUCGCUCUCUCCUGUUGCUAGCCCUUUGCUGAGGGAGCCCAGACCACGACAUGCUCAAGCUGCUGCAGCAGCUUUUGCCUUGGAGGCUGUUGCCCUGGGACUCUCUCGGGAGCGGGAGAGAGUGCUGGAUUAUUAUGGGCUAUAUGAUGAGCGUGGCCGCCCUUAUAGCUACCCCAUUGUCGCUGAAGAGGAUCUCAUGCCAGAGGAUGAUCAUAGAGCCACCCGGAAUCUCUUCAUUGGCAACCUGGAUCACAAUGUCUCUGAGGUGGAACUGAGACGUGCCUUUGAAAAAUAUGGCAUCAUUGAGGAAGUGGUGAUUAAGCGUCCUGCACGGGGUCAAGGUGGAGCUUAUGCCUUCCUUAAGUUUCAGAACCUGGAUAUGGCACAUAGGGCCAAGGUUGCUAUGUCUGGUCGGGUCAUUGGCAGAAACCCUAUCAAAAUUGGCUAUGGGAAAGCCAACCCUACUACCCGCCUUUGGGUGGGUGGCUUGGGUCCAAGUACUUCCUUAGCUGCUCUUGCUAGGGAGUUUGAUCGCUUUGGUAGCAUUAGGACUAUUGACUAUGUGAAGGGAGACAGUUUUGCCUACAUUCAGUAUGAGAGCUUGGAUGCUGCUCAGGCUGCCUGUGCACAGAUGAGGGGUUUCCCUUUGGGUGGGCCAGAUCGGAGACUUAGAGUGGAUUUUGCCAAAGCCGAGGAGGCACGUUACCCUCAGCAGUACCAACCUGCACCACUGCCUGUACAUUAUGAAUUACUACCUGAAGGCUACAGCAGACACAGGAGUCUAGAGCAAGAUUUAAGGGUGAGAGACAGGACUCCUCCUCAUCUCCUCUACCCAGACAGAGAAAGGGGUUUUCUAGAGGCAGAUUGGACUGGCUCUAUUAAAAAUGCAGAACGCAGAAAUAACUUGGAGACAUACAGUCGAUCAGCACGCAGCCGCAGUGGAGAACGUUGGGGCAGUGACAGUGACCGAAGUGUGCUCAAGCCUUGGGAGGAAAGGCGUAAACGCCGUAGUCUCUCCAAUGACCGUGGGAGGACUGCCCAUUCCCCUUAUGAGGACAGAAGCAGGACAAAGGCUGGAGGGCCAGCUUUAGAUCGCAGCCCAGAUAGGGUUCGGAAGGAGAACCACACCGCAGAGUCUGCUGUGGAGAAAGAACAGAACAACUCCCUCCAGAAUAACCGACACGCAUCAGAGGAGAAACCUCACCGUGAAACAUCUGAUGCUCCUCAGCCUAAAAAAAGGGACAGCGAACGCAAUCAUCGAACUGGUGAGUCUGAAUCAAAGACUCACGAAGAGUCAAAAUCUGAAACAAAGAAACUAAAAAGCUUGUCAGAUUAUGCCCACACACUGCAGCUUGCCUGGAAUGGGCUACUUGUCCUCAAGAACAGCUGCUUCCCUACAUCUAUGCACAUCCUUGAAGGGGACUUGGGAGUCAUCAAUGGGCUUUUGAAAGACCACUUGUCUGGUGGAAAGCUGACACAGCUCAAGAUUGCUCAGAGACUUCGGCUUGACCAGCCCAAGCUGGAUGAAGUAACUCGACGUAUCAAGCAAGGAAGCCCCAAUGGCUAUGCUGUGCUGCUGGCUACCCAGGCUGCUCAAGGAGGAGCAGGUGCUGAAGGGACCUUCCCUGUGGUGGAGCCUGGAUUGCAAAGACGGCUUCUCAGGAAUCUGGUCUCUUACUUGAAACAAAAACAGGCUGCUGGGGUGAUCAGCCUUCCUGUGGGAGGGGCAAAAGGCAGAGACAGCACAGGCAUGCUUUAUGCUUUCCCUCCUUGUGAAUUUUCUCAGCAGUAUCUCCAGUCUGCACUAAGAACAUUGGGAAAGUUAGAAGAAGAACAUAUGGUGAUAGUGAUAGUCAAAGACACUGCCUAGCAUUUAUUCUCUCAGUCUCUCUCUGAUUCCAUGUUUUCUUUGUGUCUCACCCAGCCUGGUUGCUUUUAAGGCCAAUUAUUUUGAGUAAGGCCCCCAAAAUCCAACAAAAUUCUACCAUUUUAUUAGUUUCUAAUUAAUUUUAAUACCAUUUUAAUGAAUCCCAUUUUAUUUGUUUUUAAUAUGUGACACUGUCUGCUGUGUUCUUAUUUUUUAAGUGUAUGGAAAGUUGUCAGUAAAGCCUUGUUCACUGAUGGAUUUUUAA